AUGGUCAACGCGUCAGUUUCACAUGCCUGUGAAAUUACCCUCGAUUAUCUCAGUGGUUCUUCAUUGAAAGAUGCAUUUUUACAACAGCCACGUGAUUUAGAAGUCAAAUCGGGAACAACGGUAUUAAUUCCAUGUAAAACAACAAAUCCAAAAGUUGAAGUAACAUGGUGUAAAAAUGAUUUUUGUACAUUGGGAAAAACAAGAGAUUUACCAUCAUAUCCAAGAUAUGAAAUUACGGGUGAUAGAUUUAAAGGUGAACAUCAUUUUCAAAUUAUAAAUGCAUCAUUACAAGAUAUUGGUACAUAUCAAUGUCAAAUUCGUCCAGGUGCUAAAAAUUCGGGUGCCGUUUCACGAAAAUCAAAACUUAUUGUUUUACGUAAGUUAUCUAAUUACUAUGUUGUUAUUCUAGACAAACCACCAGAAAGAGUAUCAAUCGAUAGUCCACUAAUAUUAGUUGAAAAUAAACAAUCGUAUAUCGUUUGUCGAAGUAUAAAAUCAUCUCCCGAAGCCAAACUUACUUGGAAUUUACCGUUACAUAUUAAAUAUAUUGCUAAAAAUGAUUAUGCACAAAUAAUGAAUGAAUAUUUAAGAAAUAGUGUCUCUAAUUUAACGGUAAUUGCUGAACGUAAUUGGAAUGGUCAAGAAAUUGAAUGUAUUGCACAAACAACAGCACUUAAUCAAAAUAUUAUCGUUAAAGAACAAAUUAUUGUCAAUUUUAUUCCAGAUGUUCGUCUUGCUAUUAAACAACAGACUCCUAUUAUUGAAAAUACUUUUAUUAAACUUCUAUGCGAAGUAAAUGCAAGACCGUCCGUUUAUCAAUUUAGGUACAUACGAUGGUACAAUGGAUCAGUAAUGAUACAAAAUCAACAUGGAUCUGAAAUGGAAUUAUUCAUUUUGAGAUCAAUGAACAACAAUGAAAUUACGUGUGAAGCACUCAAUACGGUUGGCAAGAAAAAUUCAACACUACGAUUAGAUGUUGUCUAUAAACCAUCAUUUUACGAGAAGUCUAAUGGUCAAUCUCGUGUAAUUAAUGAAUCAUCUGUAACAUAUCAUAUUGUUGACUUAGAAAAAAUGACAACACUAGAAUGUUUAGUUGAUUCAAAUCCACGAUCAAAAAUAAGUUGGAAAUUUAAUGAUCAAAUACUAUCUGGUCAAUCUCAAUCAUUAUUAUAUUUAAAAAAUUUAAAAGAAGAUCAAUUAGGAAGUUAUCAAUGUAUCGCUUAUCAUUCCAGAUUUGGACAAGUUAAAAGAACAAUAAAACUCGUUCAAAAACGGCCUCCAUUAAUUCGUUCUGAACCGUCUCGCUUAGCUCAUGUCGGUCACGAAACUACACUGGUGUGCAUAAUUCAAGCGUAUCCAAGAAUUCAUCAACUUUAUUGGCAUCGUGAUGGUAAAUACUUGGUCGAAGGAACUUCGAGUAGCGGUAACAAGUAUUCCAUUGACGAUAAUCGUUCCACCGAUCAAGAAUCAAUAAUUUAUUCAUUGAAUAUAAAACAUGUGACACUAAAUGAUGUAGGAAAAUAUAACUGUACGGCUAUAAACGAUUAUGGAACAACGACCAUACAAUAUGCACUUGAAGUAUCUGAUACACAAACAGAACGUUUUUUACUAUUUGGUUCAAUAUUUGCUGGAUUAAUUCUGAUAAUUUUACUCGUAAUAUUGGCAUUUGUUUGUAAAAGACAACGAACGAAUUCAUCAAUAAAUGAUUCUCCCAAAGUUCAUGAUGAUACCUCAGAUAAAACCGUCACCGAAUGGUUAAGUUCAAAAUACACCUAUGAUGAUUUAAGAAAUUCAAACGAAAAAGUAAGGACAAGAUAAAAUUCUAAUCUUUGACUGGUUUUUUACUGAAACGUUUAAUGAUAAAUAUAUGCUAAGUGUAAAAAUUGUUCAUUAUUUUGAUUAUCAUAUGAGUUCAAAGAACAGACGUAAUAACGAUCACUUUCUCACUAUACAUUGUGAAAAAGUUUGAAUAGAUUAAAUCACUUUGCCUUUUAAAUUUAAGCUACCAUUUACUGCUGCCACAUGCAGUCGAAUAGUAAGAGAAAAAUAUGACUUCCACUAACAUUAUACUAUUUGCUUAACUAACCGUGCGAUGAAGAUGGAAGAAGCAAGAAGAAGAAGGACGCAUAUCUCGGCUAGCGUUAUCGGUAUAGAGUGCUGACCAACCGCCGAGUGACCUCAUCUUUUCACUAAUCUUCCACCACAGCUCUGAACAGAAGACUAAGCUGUCACCGGUUCUUUCGUCCAAUUGCUGGAACUCUCUCUACACACUUACUAACCACGUACUCGCUCUGGCCAGCCAUCUCUGCUACCGGAGUGAAAUUCCGUAACGAGUUUUUUGCAUUUUGUUUUUCUUAUAAUGUUUGAGUAACGAGACGCCUAGAGAUCUAGAAUAUCACAGAUUAAAGAGAAAAGUGU